AUGGCAGUGAGAGGGAAGAUGGAGGUGGAGGUGGAUCUCGAGUCAUCGGCCUAUCAGUUCUACAGCUUCUUCAGGAACACCCCACACCACCUUCCCAAAGUUUGCAGCGAUCUGCACGCUGGGGAGAUUCAUGAAGGUGAAUGGGUCUCUGGGAGCUCCACUAGGAAAUGGACUUACUCCGUCAACAGUAAAAAGGAAACAUUCAAGGAGAAGGUAGAGUUUGACGAUGAGAAUAAGAGCGUAACCCAUGUUGGCGUUGAAGGCGAUGUGUUCGACUAUUACAAGAGCUACAGGGCCACCUGGCAGGCAGUCGCUAGGGGCGGAGGACCAGCCAUCGCCAAGAUGAUCAUCGAGUACGAGAAGUUGGACGAGAGCAUGCCUCACCCGGUCAACUAUUUGGAUUUCAUGGCUAAUGUCACUAAGGACAUUGACGCUCACCUUGUCAAGGCCUAAGCCUACGUAAAUAAGCAUAAAUAAGCAGGGAGUGAUCAGCUCUAAUAAGUGCUGAACUCAGAUCUAUCUGCGUGUCUACCUCCCUCUACUAAAAAUAAUGUCUCUUUUAAAUAA